AUGCUGGUGGCUUCGAUGUUGAGGAUAUUUUAUUAUCCAGGCGCGCAGUUCGAUAUGUCUCUACUUAUACAAUCAUUCAUUAUGAUUUCGAUACAGCUUGUGCUUCUGAAGGUUGCGUUGGAUCAUCGGCCGGGACCAUCAUCAAAAGGGGGCGACGCAGCGAUGCCUUUCGCUGCCUCGAGGGAAGGCGACCUUGGCGUUACGAGACCAUAUAACUUUUGGCAGUGGAGGUCACCGAAGCCAUACUGGCAGUUCCUCCUCUACCUCUUCAUCACUCUUACUGCUCUCGAACUCAUUCUCUCACCGAUGCCUUCUGUUUACUCCGCAUACUCUGCAUUGAUUGGAUAUAUUGGCUUGUCGGUGGAAGCAACUCUGCCAAUACCGCAAAUAAUUUCCAAUUACAAGUCCAAGUCUUGUAAAGGAUUCCGCCUCUCCGUUCUCAUCAAUUGGCUGGCAGGUGAUGCAAUGAAGAUGUUUUGGUUUUUCUCGGCUACGACAGAAAUUCCGUGGGCGUUCAAAUUGUGUGGUAUAUUCCAGAUGUGUUGUGACAGCUUCUUGGGGAUCCAGGCGUUUGUGCUGUACGGGGAAGGGCCUCCAGUAAUAAAAGAACAUAAGAUGAGUGGAAUGAACGGGUUUACACAUAACUCAAAUGUGAGAGCGAGGACGCCAAUGACGGAAAAAGAUGCAAAACAAUUCUCUGCUCACACGCUUUCGAUCUACCAGAAUUUCACAAUCAGACUCGCAUUCUGCGUUCAUAUCAACCUCUUCACUUCACCCAAGAUACUCAGAACCCUCAAACCUAAGGAAGCCAUGCCCAACUGGAAGACCUACGAGUCCUCAGUGCGUCUCCUUUCGGCUAUCAUUGCGGCCCACCCGGGCCUUAAGCUUAAUUAUGGCGAGGUCGGUCAAUUUUAUGGUGGCGGCACCACCUACAAGGCAGUUUGGGGAAGAAUGACCCAGCUCACUAAGCAUGCCAAAAAGCUGGAUGCAGCAGUCAAGAGUGGCCAAGAUCCAAUCCAGGUCAACCUCGAUGACACUGCUCAGGGUUUAGAUGUUGCCAAAUUCUAUGGAUUUGGUAAUGACUACAAGUCGAUCUGGCAUCAGAUGAAACCAAUCACUACUUUUGCGAAGCAACUUCAGUCGGCGAUUGCCAACAACGAGACUGUUGAUACUGUUGAGUUCAAGUCGUCUAAUGUGAAAGGGACAACAGCAAAGAAGUCUUCAGGUAUCGCACGCGCAAUGGGAGGUGACUGUACCGGGUCUGCUUGCGAAAAUCGCUUUAGACGCAUUAAGCAGGACGCAAAAACCAUCAAUGCUGCGUUGAAGAAUGGCGUUGACCCCAUGACCUUGAACAUCGGAGAGCAGGAGGGCUCAAACCGUUCUGCGCCUCGAUAUCAUGAGGUGGUAAAGCACUUUGGUAGCGACUUGAAUGUCAACAGUCUCUCCCUCCAAUGGAAUAAAAAAACACGACCGGUCAUCGAGAAGCUCAAAGCUCACGUCGAAGCUGGUGGCGAUGCCAAAGACUUGAAUCUCGGUGCUGAUUCCGACUUUAAAAUCAACAUUGGGGAAAUCGCAGCUUACAUGGGUUCCGACACGACUGCUUCGGCUUUGAAAUGGCAAUUUGCAGUUCCUCUCAAAGCAAACGUCAAGCUUCUAAAAGAUGCGAGAGCUGCUGGGAAGGAUUGCAAAGACGUCGAGGUCACUAAUGCCAGUGGCAAGACACAACGAGAGAUGUCUCGGAUCAUGGGAAGCGAUACAACACCAAAUGGUCUCCGUUUCCAAGUCACUGAUCGCCUUCGGCCUCUCUCGAAGCGUCAACUUGCUAUGUUGGCUUCAGGUCAAGAUCCCAAGGACGUUGCGAUUGAUGCGAAGUACAUCAGCAAAUACAUGGGCACGGAUACUACUCCAGGGGGUAUUGGUUUCCAGUUUCGAACCAUUAAGCAAGAUGCUAAGCGUCAGCGCGAUGCGUUCGAUGCUGGAAAAGACCCGAAAGACUUGAACAUCGGUGGUGGAAAGGCCAUUGCACACAUGCUGAAUGACGGCACUUCAGCAUAUGCACUUGAUCACCGCUUCCGAGCUAUCAAGAAAGAUGCCGCUACGAUGAAGGCUACCGCUUCCGCCUAUGGCGAGGGUGCGUCAGGUAAAGCUGUGUCGACAUACUUCGAGCGGCUGAGAAGGGAUCCGCAGUGGAAUUUGGCUAACACGAUAGCAGAAAACGGUAGUGGCAGCUCCCCAGCAAAAAAUGCAACUCCAAAGAAGCCGCGUGCUCCGAAGGGCGUUUCUGCUAAAAAGGCAACCCCCAAAAAGCGUGUCACGACAGACACAGACGAAGACGAUGAUGAGGAAAUGGCCGAGUCUCCUUCCAAGUCUUCCAUCAAUAAGGUCAUGUCUGGCCGCGUUACCAAACCCGCUCGCACCAAUCGUGCCAAGAUUUCGUACACUGAAUCUGGUGACGAAGACGACGAUGACAGCGAUCAAGUCGUCAAAUCCGAGCCUGGCUCUUUUGCCGUUCAACAACCUCCCAACAGCCUGUCAUCUUACAACACCAACAUGACUGCAAGCUACGGUGGUAGCUACUCCACGCACCAUGGCUACGGAAACGGUGGUGGCAGCGCCAAUAACUACGGACACGGUAAUGGCAACGGUACUGCCGAGCCAGACGAUGAGCAAUUCUUUGGUGCGGUCGAGAAUUUGAACGAUGAUUUUGGUGACGUCUGA